AUCGGAGAAAAAGCGCCUCGACUAACAGAGACAGCCCUAAUGAGAUACUGCACAAAUAUGCAUCAACACAACGCGCGUCCGUGGUGCACGCGGUAUGAAGGACAUUCCUUAGCCUAAACUUUAGCACUUGCCCUUGUACAGAUCAUGGUGGCAUCAACAAGUGAGCAAUUAACAGCGCUUGCUGGAACGACAGUUGUCGUUCAUCCUUUGGUCCUGCUCUCCGUUACUGAUCAUCAUGCGCGCACCGUCUCGCGCACUUCAUCAAAGCGUGUUGUUGGCGUUCUCCUGGGUCAGGACAACGGCAAGACUGUUAAUGUUGCCAAUUCCUUCGGGAUCCCGUUCGAGGAGGAUGAAAGAGAUAGCAAGACGUGGUUCCUAGAUCAUAACUAUAUUGAAGGGAUGUACGAUAUGUUCAAGAAAGUCAACGCAAAGGAGCGGAUGAUUGGAUGGUACCACACGGGACCAAAGCUACGAGCCUCGGACCAGGAAAUUAACGACCUCUUUAAGCGUUACAUUGCGAAACCAGUGAUGGUUAUCGUUGAUGUACGACCGCAGGCUGUUGGAAUUCCAACGGAUGCAUACUUUGCAGUAGAAGAGAUCAAAGACGAUGGCACGGAAACACGGAAGACAUUCCUUCACGUUCCUUCUGCAAUAGAAGCUGAGGAAGCUGAGGAAAUUGGAGUCGAACAUCUCCUGCGCGACAUCAAAGACUCAACGACCACAACUCUCUCAACACGUGUUUCUGAGCAACUCGCAUCACUCCAAGGACUUCAAUCCCGACUACAAGACGUGCACAAGUAUCUCCUGGAUGUUGCAUCAGGCACGAUGCCAGUCAAUCACCAAAUAAUUUACCACCUGCAAGACGCACUCAACCUACUUCCUGACUUGAGCAAUCCGGUGACAACACAGAGCUUCGCGUCAAGCACGAAUGAUCAACUACUAGUUGUCUAUUUGAGCAGUCUGCUACGUGCUGUCAUCGCGUUGCAUGCUCUAGUGGACAACAAAGCCACGAUAGGGCGAGCCGAGCAAGAAGAAGGCGGUGAUGAGAAGGACAAGGAUAAAAAGACGGCUAACGGAGACGCGAAAAAGUCAGAGGAUACCAAGAAGGAUGGGGAGAAGGGAAAGGACUCCAGUAAAAAGGACGCAGACAAAGGACUAUGAUGGAGGCAGGUCGCCGUAUGUUCAGUACUUAUCGUGGCUAUCGAUCGCAUCAUUCAUCGACCGGCUUGCUGCGCAAAGACGAGCUUGGCUACUUACAUAGUUCUCCCCGAAAUGGAUGAACAUGUGAUGAGCACGUGCCCGAUGAAGUGCCGUGUGA